AUGGCGGAGGUUGUUCUGCACAUAUACGAUGUGACGAACAGUGGAUCGGAAAAGACUAACAACACCAUUCUUCAGAUCAACAGAUUCUUCAAAGACGGGAUUGGUCUUGGCGGCAUAUUCCACAGCGCCAUUCAGGUGUAUGGAAAUGAUGAAUGGUCUUUUGGGUACUGUGAACAAGGAACUGGUGUAUUCAGCUGUCCUAGUAGCAAAAAUCCGAUGUACACAUACCGUGAGAAAAUUGUACUUGGGAAGACAGAUUGCACAAUCUUCAUGGUAAAUCAAAUAUUCCGUGAGCUCAGCAGGGAAUGGCCAGGACACACUUAUGAUUUGUUGUCCAAAAAUUGCAAUCACUUCUGUGAUAUACUCUGUGAAAAGCUUGGUGUGCCAAAGCUCCCAGGCUGGGUGAAUCGCUUUGCUCAUGCUGGUGACACAGCCUUGGAAGUGGCAGGGAACACAGCAAUGCGGAUUAAGCAAGCCAAAACUGAACUGAUGUCAGCUAGUAAAGUGGCUUAUCGCUUCCUUUCGAAUGUUACCUCAAACGUAACCAAUGGCUCAAAUUGCUCUCCACAACGCCCUGGAACUCUCAACAGCUCAGAGAAUGGGAACUUGAGAAUGCAAGGCACUUGGCUAAAAGGGAUGCUUAACACUGCCAAACCGUCCACAAGUACAGAGAGAGAGAACAAAGAUGAAGAUGCAAAUCAUGCAAUCAAGCAGAAACCAAGCCGUGACUCUGAGGUUCUACUGUUUCAGUAG